AUGCACCAGAAAAACAUGGCGGGCCUAGGCAUGGGGGCAAGGUGUCCCAUGGGGGGGGGUAAUAAUAUUGGUAAUGGGGAUGGUGGUGGGAUUGCUAUUGACACUGGAGGUGGUGACAUUGGGGACAUUGGAGUUGGGAUUGGGGGUGGUGGGGGUGUCUGCGAUCCAGCCGCCUGUGACUCUCAGUGUCCUGCUGGAUCGACCUGCUCAUCUGGCGCCUGCAAAUGUGCGAGUUUCCAGCCGCAGGCCACAUUCGGUACGGGUGCCUUACCGCACGGGGUUGCAGUGGGCGACUUCAACGGAGAUGGCCAUCUCGAUAUUGUGGCUGCUAAUACCGGCGACAAUUCAGUGAGCGUCUUGCUUAGCACUGGAUCGGGGACUUUCCAGCCGCAGGUGACAUUCGGCACAGGGAGCGAACCGCGCGGGGUUGCAGUGGGCGACUUCAACGGAGAUGGCCAUCUCGAUAUUGUGGCUGCGAACUACAACGGUGCUACGGUGAGCGUCUUGCUCGGUACAGGGUCCGGGUCCUUCCAGCCGCAGGUCUCAUUCGGGGUGGGAGAUUUGCCGUAUGGUGUUGCAGUAGGAGACUUCAACGGAGAUGGCCAUCUCGAUAUCGUGGCUGCGAAUACCGGCGACAAUACAGUGAGCGUCUUGCUCGGCACUGGAUCCGGGAACUUCCUGGUGCAAGCCACAUUCAGCGUGGGGUCCACUCCCGACGAUGUUGCAGUAGGCGACUUCAACGGAGAUGGCCAUCUCGAUAUUGUGGCUGCGAAUACCGGCGGUAAUUCACCGGGUUGGGUCGCAGUAGGCGACUUCAACGGAGAUGGCCAUCUCGAUAUUGUCACUUCGAAUUUCCAGGACGAUACAGUGAGCGUCUUGCUCGGAACUGGAUCCGGAACCUUCCAGGCGCAGGUAAUAUUCCCCGUGGGGGACGCACCGCAUGAUGUUGCCGUAGGCGACUUCAACGGAGAUGGCUAUCUUGAUAUUGUGACCACGAAUAUCUUCGGCAAUACAGUGAGCGUCUUGCUCGGAACUGGAUCCGGAACCUUCCUGACGCAGGCCACGUUCUCCGUGGGGUCCAGUCCCGACGGCGUUGCAGUAGGCGACUUCAACGGAGAUGGCUAUCUCGAUAUCGUGGCUGCUAAUCUCGACGGCAAUUCAGUGAGCGUCUUGCUCGGGAAGCCUUGCGGCGCUUAG